UGUGAGCCCCUUGUUAGUUGAGGCAGCAGAAUGUUGUACCCCGGACAGGAGAAAGAAAUGGCAACGUAAGUGGGGAGAGGCGGCGAAGAGAGUUAUGUCUCAUAGACAAUAUGAGAAAACCAGGAAGGGUCAGGCAGCAGGAGUAAUGCCCCUCCGAAGGGUUUAUGACCCACCGGGACCUCCAGGGCCUGGUGGGGCGGAGGCACCACGGACCUACACGGUCCAGCAUGUACCCUUUUCAAGUGCAGAUGUUUGCAAUUGGAGAAAUCAAAAUCCUUCCUUUGAGGAGAAUCCAGCAAAGAUUAUAAAAUUGUUUGAAGGGAUUUUUAAAACCUAUAAUCCCACUUUUGAUGAUGUGCAGUAUUUGAUGGAUGCGCUGUUAACCACAGAAGAAACUAGGCGAAUCCAUGUUGAAGCCCGAGUACACAUGAGAGCACAGGGAACACCGGAGCCAGACAUUAUAACAGGAUACCCUGAUAGUACACCGAAUUGGAAUUAUCAGACUACUGAGGGCCAGAAAACCCUCACUACCUACCGCCAGAAUGUGUUAAAUGGUAUGAGGAGGGCAGCCAGGAAACCCACCAACUUUGUGAAGGUCAGAGAGGUAGUGCAGGGGAAUGAAGAGGCCCCAGGGGCUUACCUGGAACGCCUGAAGGAAGCCUACCGUCAGUAUACUCCUGUAGACCCAGAUGAGGCUGCCAACGCCCUUAUUGUAAAGGCUGCUUUUGUAGCUCAGGCAGCGCCCGAUGUCCGCCGAAAAAUUCAAAAACACGAGGGGUUCUUGGGCCACACCCUUGAGUGGAUGUUAGAACUGGCUCAAACCACUUACAAUCAGAGGGAAGACGAGGAACAAAAGAAAAAGGAGAAGUAUCAAGCAAAAAAGUUGAUGGCGUUGCAGGCUACCGCACCCAUCCCUCAGAAAAGAGGAAGUGCCCGGGGAGGAGGGCAAGGCCGCCUGGGGAGGAAUCAGUGCGCCAUCUGCCGGCAGGAAGGGCACUGGAAAGGAGAAUGCCCACAGGCCCACUUAGGAGGGAGAGGACGAGGAGAACGAGCCCCAGGCCCAAUCCCCAGGGGACCUGGACAGGACCUAAGACCUUGGUCAUCGACAAAUGACAGACCGGGCCCAGCUGCUUUAGGUUCCCGUGAGCCCAUGGUCAAAAUACAAACAGGGAACCAAACUAUCCCCUUUAUGGUUGACACAGGAGCCGCCCACUCUGUUUUGCCCAUGCCAGUGUCCAAGCCCACCAAGCAAACAAUUAACAUAAUAGGAGCCACAGGGAAAUCACAAAGAGCCCCCUUCUUGCAAUCUGUUGCCUGUUGCCUGGGCGGCCAAGUAGUCCAACACAAGUUUUUGUAUAUACCAGAGUGUCCCAUCCCAUUAUUGGGCCGAGACCUGCUAUCAAAAUUGCAAGCCCAGAUUUCCUUUCAACCGACAGGAGAAGUGACAAUGACUACAGGGCAAACAGGAGAGCUUUCCUUAGAGGUACCCUUAAGGGAACACUGGCGCUUAAUGAUGGUAAAAGAAGAGGAGGGGACUAUUCCAGAGGACCUCCUGCAAGAAGUUAACCCUGGUGUAUGGGCAGAAAGCAACCCACCCGGAAUGGCAAAGAACAUCCCACCUGUAAUAGUUAAGCCCAAGCCAUUUGCUAACCCUGUGGCCGUGAACCAAUACCCUAUCCCCCGGCGAGCUGCAGAAGGAGUAUGGAUACAUUUGGAACGGUUGCUUCGCCAUGGCAUCCUGAGACAGUGUCAAUCUCAGUGGAACACCCCACUCUUGCCGGUAAAGAAGGAGGAUGGCACGUACCGCCCGGUCCAAGACCUCCGAUUGGUCAACCAAGCCGUGGAAACCCUCCACCCCAAUGUGCCCAAUCCUUACACGCUGUUGAGUUUAAUACCUCCUACUGCCUGCUAUUUCACGGUACUGGACUUGAAGGAUGCAUUCUUCUGCUGCCGUCUGGCAGAGGAAAGUCAGCCCCUGUUUGCAUUUCAAUGGAUGGAUCCAGGAACAGGCACCAAGGUGCAAUAUACGUGGACGAGGCUUCCACAAGGUUUCAAGAAUUCUCCAACCCUUUUUGGGGUAGCAUUGGCCUCGGACCUGUCUAGCUUCCCCACCAGCCCACACAGGGUCUUGUUGCAGUACGUAGAUGACCUUCUUUUGGCCUGUUCAGACGAGGACACGUGUAUGAAAGCCACCAAGGAUUUGUUAAAUCACUUGGCUGAAGCAGGAUACCGAGUAUAAGAAAAGGCCCAAAUAUGCCAACCCACUGUAAAAUACCUUGGAUUUGAUAUAUCCCAUCAGCAACGGACCCUUAGAGAAGAAAGGAAGCAAGCCAUUAUCCAGAUUCCAGAGCCAAAGAAUCGCAGAGAACUUCGUGGCUUCUUGGGCUCGGCAGGAUUCUGUAGAAUAUGGAUCCCUGACUUCAGCACAAUUGCCAAGCCUCUGCACGAGUCAACCAGAGGAACUGAGAAGGACCCCUUUGUGUGGGGAGAGGAGCAACGGCAGGCCUUCAAGGAUCUGAAAAGGGCAUUGCAGCAAGCACCAGCGCUGGGUAUCCCAAAUCCUGAGAAGCCUUUCUCCCUGUUUGUGGAUGAGGACCAGGGAACAGCGAAGGGAGUGCUAUGCCAAAAAUUGGGGAGCUGGCAACAACCCGUGGCAUACCUAUCUGAACGCCUGACGCCCACAGAACAAGGUUUACCGCCAUGUAUGAGAGCAGUUGUGGCAGUAGCCACCCUACUGAACAAAGCUGACAAAUUUACUUUUGGCCAAGACACUGUUUGUGUGACUCCGCAUGCAGUCCCAGCACUGCUUGACAUGAAGGGUACCUAUUUCCUCUCCCAAGCGAAGAUGAGAAAGUGUCAGAUGUUAUUGUUGCACCCACGUCUGAAGUUCCAGGUCACCACCGCCCUCAACCCAGCUACCCUGUUGCCGGUAGGAGAAGGUGAGGAGCAGACGCACGAUUGCAUUGAAGUAAUGGACGAAGUAUAUUCCAGCAGGCCUGAUCUCAAAGACGAAGCAGACCCCCACUGGCUUUCAUGGUUUGUGGAUGGAAGCAGCUUUGUCGAGGCUGGGCAGCGAAAAGCAGGCUAUGCAGUGGUAGCCCUGGACGACCAGGUGGUCGAAGCAAAGUCACUCCCGCCUGGAACAUCGGCCCAGCUGGCAGAACUAACUGCGCUUACCAGAGCCUUGAGCCUGGCAAAGGGGCAGAAGAUAAACAUCUAUACUGAUUCUAAGUAUGCAUUCCUGACCUUACACGCCCAUGGAGCCUUAUGGAAAGAGAGAGGUUUGCUUACCUCCAGAGGAAACCAGGUGGCCCACCCACAAGCUUUGUUGAACCUUCUGGAUGCUGUAUGGGAACCUGAAGCGGUAGCGGUUAUCCAUUGUUAUGGACACACAACUGGACCAGGGGAAGUGGCCAGAGGAAAUCGUUUGGCAGACAAAGUGGCCAAGGAAGCAGCCCGGGAACUGGCCACAGCUCCGAUCAUUGGAGCACUGAUCCCAGAAGAGAUUUUAAGCACCGCUGACAAGCCGGCUUACACAAAACAGGAAAGGGACACUGCAGACGCCCAGGAGUUGACAUUGACCAACGAAGGAUGGUACCUCACACCUGAUGACAGGAUAUGGAUUCCAGAGUCCCUGUCUCGGCAAAUAACUCAGAGAUACCAUGAGUCAACCCACAUGGGGCCAGAUGCUACCACCAAGCAGCUGGCAAAGUGCUUCUAUAUAGCCCACCUUUAUCAACUGGCAGCCCAGGUUUCCAGAAAAUGCCUGCUAUGUCAAAAGAAUAAUCCCAGAACCGGACCACUGGCUCCUCCGGGAGUUCAGCACAGUGGAACUGCACCAAUGGAAGAUCUUGUGGUAGACUUCACUGAAUUACCCCGUUGUGGAUUAUAUCGCUACCUGCUGGUGGCAGUGUGCACCUACACCGGAUGGGUCGAGGCAUGGCCAACAAAGACUGAAAAGGCAAUUGAUGUAACCAGGUGCCUGCUUAAGGAAAUCAUCCCUCGCUAUGGGUUGCCAAGAUCCAUAGGAUCUGAUAAUGGACCAGCAUUCGUUCAUGCAGUCCUACAGGGACUGGCUAAAGCGCUUCAGAUCAACUGGAAGCUGCAUACUGCUUAUAGACCCCAGAGUUCUGGAAAGGUAGAAAGGAUGAACAGGACUCUAAAGAAUCAGCUGUCCAAGCUGACACAGGAAACCGGGUCUAAUUGGGUGGCCAUGUUGCCCUUGGCAUUACUCAGGGUCCGCAGUCUUCCGUCAAAACGGACCCACUUGUCACCUUUUGAAGUUCUGUUUGGGAGACCAGUCCCAUAUGUUAGAAUGUUAAAUCCGUAUGUUAGCCAAGAUGUGCAAUUGAAUAAUUAUGUACAGUCACUCUCCCGAGUUCUUUCUUAUCUCAACAGGUGGACCCAGGCUCGCACCCCAUGUGUGUUAACUGAACCGCUCCAUCAGUUCGAGCCAGGUGACGAAGUGUGGGUGAAAGACUGGCAGCGAGCCCCCCUACAGCCCUGCUGGAGGGGACCAUACACCGUGCUACUCUCUACCCCUACUGCUGUGAAGGUUGCCGGCAUCACCCCGUGGGUCCACCAUACUCGAGUGAAGAAAGCCAUUUCGGAUUGGACAGUAACACCAGAUCCGGAGAACUCCCUUCGGCUGACCAUCUCCAGACGCCUGGCGGAUGACCGCUCUGCUGAUAUCACACCGGAAGCUGAUAUCUCAACGCACAGCUGA